GAAACAAAGUAGCAGUUCGAGUUUUGUUGGAGAUCAUUAAAUCGUGUUCUCAUUUUUGUCGUGAUUUGUGAGGACUACGUAGACUUGAUCGAUUAAUCCAUCAGUUACAUCAAUAAUAAGUAUCGUUUUCAUCUUUAAUGUACACCUCACAAAAAAACAAGAAAAACCACCAUGGCAGGCUUAGGAGGGGAUACGUUUUUGACGUCCGUGAAGGAGAAGAAGCUCGUUCUAGCAUCCGUUCCGGGCGCUGGACCCCGGAUAGUUUCUCUCGCGGACAAACUGAAGAGCCUCGCGCAGAACUUGGACGUAUCAGUUUCGACACUGCUCUCCGAACAUGAGAAAGAUUUUUUUUAAGGCUUGAAGACUUAAUAUAGUUUUUUUUUGACAUUUUUGUGUGUCCGUGUCCGUCAUAGAGUAGAGUUUUCCAUACUUACAUCAUACACUAUCGGGUGAGUAGGAAAGUGUAUCUUCAUGUACUUAUUUUCACAAUGCUCCUGUGUCAUGGAGUGGAUGAGGCGGUGAUGGGUUUUGGGAAACAUUUUUAGACGGGUCUAUUCUCCGGAAUAUCUUCCUAAUGUCGCUGCCACUUGGGCGAGAGCACUUGUUGAAUGAUACUUCAUACAUGUGGUCAAAGGGGUCACAAAGGACUAGGCUGCACCUGGCGGCAGUCGUGUCAGAUGUUUUCUGAGCCCAGACUUCUGGAGCCCUGGCCGCUGCCUGUCGCAAGCCAGAAAUCUCUUAAUCUUAAUCUUAAUCACAGCAUGUUGAACAAGAGCAACAUCAUAACUACUCUAAUCCUUUCUUGCGUACAAGACGCAUAUGUACCAGAUUCAAAGGGAGUUUCGAGCAUUGAAAGAACGAGCUGACGAGGAAGUGCUAAAGACCAGGCGCGAUGCGAAAAUCCAGUCUCUGGAAAAAGUAUCUUGAAGGCCGAUAUUGAUAUUUAUUAUUUCAUCUUCAUAAAAUAUAUAGAGCUAUACACCGGUUAGUUUUCACCUCUACAAAUCUAGGCUUACCCCGUGCAACAAUAAAUCAGAGGCACGUCAAGAUCACUGAAUAAAGUCGACUGAUCAAACUCUGAUGCUCCUUUCUUUUGGUCCAAGUGUCGAACGAAUUGUUACUAGAGCUAGCGCGAUUAUCCAAUAAUUACUUCCAAAGGUUCAACAUCGAAUCUAAACCGUCUAAAUUCCUUCCUCAGGCUUAUUAUUAUUUCAGCAUAGGUAUUUGGACAUGCAACUAUAGAUAUCUUCAUAUUUUAUUUACCGGAUGACCAGCAGGCCAGGUUUCAAUUAUUGAUUAUCGUCCUUAGAUUUAGAAGGAGAAGAAUCUCCCAAUAUGAACAACGCCCUCUACUGCCAGGAACUGGAGUGGUUUAUGACUGAGGCUUUGCGACUUGACGAGUUGUGUAAGCAACACAAGCGGGAGGUAGAUAAAUGGCGAGCGAAGGCGGAGGCUUUAGAGGAGGAUCGGUACUUUUUGGAGGAUCAGAUCAAAGGAGCAAAGAGGCAAAACAAAGUCUUGAAAGCUGCGGUGGAGCGUGCACAAGCGAGCACAAAAGUACUUGUUUCUGUGCAAUUAUGGGUUCUUGUUUAUUAGCUAGGUAGGCUACCUUUGUGCCAUUACUUUUGUACUGUAGAUGUAUGUAUCUUGUCACUAUAACUACAAAUGUAACGGGAGAAGAAAAUAUUCUACAAUCGAAUGCGAUCGCGAGUGCUCCUCGUCUUCAACGCGCACUAUCUCUCGCAUCAAAAUGAAGGUUGCGCUACGAAAAGAUCAAGAGAACCAAGAGGCGCAUAAGGCAGGAAAGGAUGCUGCAGAGGCAGCGAACAAGGCACCACAUGCAGCGGAUCUUGAAAAAUUGGCAUACGUGGACGCUAUCCUUAUGAUUGUCGACUUUUUCUUUUUGGAAUAUUAAAAUCUCGCAAGGGGUUAUAUUUAGAUCUCAAUUUAUUUUUGGGGGUAGUGGGUUCACUCAUAAGGUAGAGCAGCCAGAAAAAACUACUGGGCAAUCUCAGUAGUUUUUUGGCUGCUCUAAGUUAUUUCUUCACCUCUUGUUACUGGUUUGGUUUUCUCCCUGUCUGCCCGUCACAACUCUAAUUCGCGACGACUACAAGAGACUUUGCGGGAAGAGCAAGCGCGAGCGAGGUCCUUGAGGAGUACACGAGCCGACCACUUCUCCCGCAAAAGCGGGCUCGAGGAGUUCUUUCUACAAUGCAUAGACGAGAGCAGGAAACAAUUGGGAAAAGGAAGGUAUUUGUUCUCCCUUCGACUACGAACAAAAAGUAGUAGCACUUAAACUGAAUUGUAGUUCGCUUUUCCUGUGAUCAAAAUUUGAAUUUCUUCGCCUUGCCCGACGAGACCUGUGUCGCGCCAUUUUUGUGAUCAGGUAUCCUCCAAACAUCGAGGCAAUCUUAUCGAGUGAAGAAGCGCUGGUGUUCUUAUACGAAAAGCUAUUUCCGCAGAGAGCGGGCUUGCCCGAUAAGAUUCGAGUCAACAGCACCAACUAGUGGCGAUUAAGUUUGGAGGAAGAGUGGUUUUGGGACACAUGAGGAUGAUUCGGAGACACCUGUGGAUUAGGGUUGUAGACCAUCCACCACACGCCGAAGGUCAGACUUUGCUCCUUCACGCUACAGUGACGUCGGAAGGGAGCCGAUGAGCCGCGGGGAAAUUGAAGGGGUCUGUCACUCAUUGGUCAAUAUGAUCUGCCUAUGAUGUUGACUGAUCCCCACGAUAGGUGAAGGUCAAAAUGCUCCUUCUCUACCUCAUGAGCUUGAAGAUUGCCACAAUUCUGUAACUUGUUGAUAGAUCUACUUUGUCCAAAAUGAGACCCAUUACCACACACCAUCGAUCCCCGUGCCGAAGCUGUACACUAAGAGAUUGAAGACCGCCGAUGAGACGGUGAG